UCAUGCUGCUGCCAGGUCCAGAGUCUCUCAUGGGUCCCUGUACGGCCUCCCAUUGCUGCUGUCUCCAUCGCCACACUCUGCCAUGUGCCACUUUCAGGUCUCCUCACACUGCUGGUGUGUUCAAUUUUUUGUCAUAGGGUGCUGGCAGAUUACGGGCCUCCCAUAGCUGCUGCCAGGCCCCUAAUCUGCCAUGGGCCCCUGUACCGCCUCCUCAUGCUGCUGCCAGGUCCACAGUCUCUCAUGGGUCCCUGUACGGCCUCCCAUUGCUGCUGUCUCCAUCGCCACACUCUGCCAUGUGCCACUUUCAGGUCUCCUCACACUGCUGGUGUGUUCCAUUUUUUG